AUGCUUGCUGCUAGAGCGGUGAAACUCUUGAAGUACAAACAGGCUGGCCACCAGCUCCUCUGCACGUCGUUUGUUCGGCAACAGCAGUCUUCAUCUCAAGAGCCUUUCAUCAAUGGUACUUCCUCUCACUACAUAGAGGAUAUUUAUGAAGCAUGGCGAAACGAUCCAUCUAGCGUUCAUAAGUCUUGGGAUAUAUACUUUCGAGGUGUAACCGCUGGGGCACAGUUUGGUCAGGCUUAUGCUCGACCCCCAACGCUUGGUCGCCAGGCGUUAUCCUUCCAGCCCUCUGCAACACCGUCCAUUCGAGCCGAGCCCAAUGUGAAAACCAUUGAAGAUCACCUUUCCGUGCAAGCCAUAAUCCGAUCUUAUCAAGUCCGAGGGCAUCUUGCUGCCCAUUUAGAUCCCCUUAAUAUCACUUCCCCCUCUGAGGGCACUGCUCGGUACAUUGUGUAUAAACGGUACUUGGGCGAAUCAGGUGAACCCGACUUGGAUAAAACAUUUCGUCUGCCACCAACCACCUACAUUGGUGGGGAUAAACAUGAGUUAACUUUGCGCGAAAUUAUUCGGCGCUUGGAGGAAGUUUAUUGUCAACAUAUCGGUGUGGAGUAUAUGUUCAUCAAUAGUUUGAAUAAAUGUGAUUGGAUCCGACGCAAAUUCGAAACACCGGGCUCGUUGUCUUUCACGCCUGAGCAAAAACGUCUCAUUUUGGCUCGACUGAUUCGAUCCACGCGAUUCGAGGCUUAUUUGGCCAAAAAAUGGAGCUCGGAAAAACGCUUCGGAGUCGAGGGUUGUGAAAUGCUCAUCCCGGCUAUGAAGACAUUGAUUGAUGUAUCCUCGGAUUUGGGGAUCGAUAGCUUUGUGAUCGGUAUACCUCAUCGUGGUCGUCUGAAUGUGCUGGCCAAUGUAUGCCGCAAGCCAUUGGAAGACAUAUUUUGUCAGUUCGACUCGCGUCUCGAAGCCGCGGAUGAGGGUAGCGGAGAUGUGAAAUAUCACUUGGGUAUGAGCCAUUCCCGAAUCAAUCACGUGAAUAACAAACGUGUCAAUUUGGCCGUCUGCGCCAACCCCAGUCACUUGGAGGCGGUGGACCCGGUUGUUCAGGGUAAAACAAAAGCAGAACAGUUCUAUCGUGGUGACAACGAUGGGAAAAAAGUUAUGUCCAUUCUGGUUCACGGCGAUGCCUCAUUCUGCGGUCAAGGUGUCGUCUACGAGACGUUCCACUUGAGCGAUCUCCCGUCUUAUUCAACUCACGGCACUGUUCAUAUAGUAGUCAAUAACCAAAUCGGAUUCACCACGGAUCCUCGAAUGGCCCGCUCAUCCCCUUACUGUACGGAUGUGGCUCGUGUCACCAACUCACUCAUCUUACAUGUGAACGCAGACGAUCCUGAGGCGGUGGCUCGCGUUGCUCAAGUCGCAGCCGAGUGGCGCUCGGAGUUUGGCAAAGAUGUGGUCAUCGAUUUAGUCUGCUAUCGUCGUUCUGGACAUAAUGAGAUGGAUGAGCCCAUGUUCACUCAACCACUCAUGUACAAGCGGAUACGACAGCAACCGACAGCCCUGGAGCAGUACGCUAAAAAGCUCAUCACCGAAGGUGUUGUGACCGAGGAGGAGUAUCAGGCGGAAAUUGCAAAAUACGACCAAAUCUGUGAAGAGGCUUACGAGUUGGCCAAGAAACAAACAGUUACCUACAAUCGAGCAUGGAUCGACUCACCGUGGCACGGUUUCUUUGAAAACAAAGACCCCAUGUACCUGCCUAAUACCGGUGUGGAACAUUCCAUUUUGGAACACAUUGGUCAGGUGAUCAGUGAGCCACCAGAGGGUAUGGUUAUUCAUCCAGGAUUGAAACGCACACUCAAAGAACGUCGGGAGUUGUGUGAGCAACACAUGGCCAAUUGGGCCCUCGGAGAACAAUUCGCUUACGGUUCCCUACUCAAGGAGGGCUACCAUGUCCGUCUAUCCGGUCAAGAUGUGGAGCGUGGAACCUUCUCACAUCGUCACAGUGUCUUACAUGAUCAGGAAGUAGACAAAAAAACAUACGUGCCUUUGAACCAUCUGUUCCCGGACCAAGCACCGUUUACCGUGUGCAAUUCCAGCCUGUCCGAGUACGCCGUGAUGGGUUUCGAACUGGGCUAUUCGCUGACCAAUCCGAAUGCGUUGGUUUUGUGGGAAGCGCAAUUCGGUGACUUCAACAACAACGCCCAAUGUGUGAUCGAUCAGUUCAUCUCAUCCGGACAGCAGAAAUGGGUUCGGCAGUCCGGAUUGGUCCUAUUGUUGCCACAUGGCUAUGAAGGAAUGGGACCGGAACACUCAAGCGCCCGAAUGGAACGAUUCCUCCAGAUGUCCAAUGAUGAUGAAAACCAUGUUCCAAUAUUCAGUGAUCAAUUUGUGAUGCAACAAUUACACGAGACCAACUGGAUUGUGGCCAAUUGUACCACCCCAGCCAAUUUCUUCCACAUUUUGCGGAGACAGAUCCUAUUGCCAUUCCGCAAACCGCUGAUUGUUUUCACGCCGAAAUCCCUUUUGCGCCAUCCGGAUGCCAGGUCACCGUUCGAAGAUUUCCUCCCAGGAUCCGAGUUCAAACGUUUCAUCCCGGAAACGGGCAAAGCUGCCGAACGACCGGAAGGUGUGAAAAAGUUGAUCCUAUGCUGCGGAAAGGUGCAUUUACUACGAUUUGGUGAAGGAACGACAGACCCUUGGAUUGAACAACGCACCCCGUUCCCGUACGAUUUGGUCAAGGCGGAAUUGGAACGCUACCCGGAUGCGAAACUACAAUGGGUUCAAGAGGAGCACAAAAACAUGGGUGCUUGGAGCUAUGUACAGCCACGAGUGAAUCAUUUGAUUGAAAGUUCGUUACCAGAUCGCAUGCACAAGUCUAUCCACUAUGUCGGUCGUCAACCUAGUGCUUCUACGGCCGCUGGACACAAGGCAAUGCACUUGAUGGAAAUAUCGCUCUAUUUGAAGAACGCACUGUCACCUGACUAA